AUGGGCGGAGAUACACUUAAACUGGGGGGCAUUGAGCGUACGUUGACGAAGGUCGACGACCAAGGCAAUUCCGCGAUCACAUACAAAGUCAACGAAGGUUGGCCCGAUCCAGCUACGCACGCAAAUGUUGUAGCGUUCGCCAAGAAGGGAAAGACACUCCUCGAGAAAUUCGAGGAAGAAAUCAAAUGGCUGACCAGAAUAGGCGACUUGUUGGCAAACGGGGUAUAUGAAAGCUAUCAUUGGAUCGUCCUCCGGGGUGUGGUCGACAAGGUGGACCUUGCAUCGACGCCCUGGUAUUGGAACCAUGGGCUGGCCGGCAACUACAACAACUGUAUCAAAGAAAUAGAACCCAAGCUGGAUCUGGUAACCGCGGUGGUGAAGGACUACGUGGAGAAGUUCCAGGUUCUCCACCUAGAUCUCCAACCUGGGAACAUCCUUUGGGACAAGGAGGCUAAGUACCCCUCACUCAUUGAUUGGGGCAGAGCCAAAGAGGUUGCACACUGGUCCGACGACAUCCAGAAAGCCGUGAAGACGCAGCUGGAGUUCGCUCAUUUCAAGGGUGAAACCAAGGUCUGCUUUCAGUAG